UAACCAACCCUACUCCCACUCUGGUCUGCUGAUAGUGUGGUCGCGAUCACUGUCUCGCUAACCACCGCUACUUGCCUUAUAUAGUCAAGUUAAACCGCCGUUCCUCGAACCAUAUCGGGCACCACUCCUACCAUAUAUACUUGCUCCAUCACUACGCAUUCGGUUCCAGACAUACCGGCGUCCAUGCAAUGGCUUCUCUGAUCGCCUUUUCUUCCUCCAUUGGAUGCAUCUUAUUCGUCAUCAUCUCCUUCUUUCGAGGGUCGGUGGCCGGCGGGGUGACCUUCACGUUCACGAACCGGUGCGGUGGCACGGUGUGGCCUGGGGUGCUGGCGAACUCGGGCAGCCCGCCGCUGGAGACGACGGGGUUCGCGCUGGCCUCGGGGGAGGCGCGGUCGAUGGCGGCGCCGGCGGGGUGGUCUGGCCGGUUCUGGGCGCGCACGGGCUGCGCUUUCGACGGCGACUCCGGCAAGUGCGCCACGGGCGACUGCGGCAGCGGCGAGGUGGAGUGCCACGGCUCCGGCGCGGAACCUCCGGCCACGCUGGUCGAGUUCACCCUCGCCGGCGGCGGAAGCAAGGAGGACUACUACGACGUGAGCCUGGUGGACGGGUACAACGUGCCGGUGGUGGUGGAGGCGGCGGGGUGCCCGGCGACGGGGUGCCUCGUCGACCUCAACGAGCGGUGCCCGCAGGAGCUCACGGCGUCGGCGGGACAGGGGUGCCGGAGCGCGUGCGAGGCGUUCGGGCGGCCUGAGUUCUGCUGCAGCGGCGACUUCGGCAAUCCUGACACGUGCCACCCGUCCACUUACUCGCAGGCGUUCAAGGCGGCGUGUCCGCGCGCCUACAGCUACGCCUACGAUGACGCCACCUCCACCUUCACCUGCUCCGGCUCCGCCGCCUACUCCGUCACCUUCUGCCCCCGCUCCGGCGCCAUCCCCAGCAGCCUGAAGUCGAGCAACGACCCGUUGCCUAGGCCAGGCGACGUCGUCAACAGCGCGCAGGUUGCCGCGGACACUUGGCUGGCGAGUGUGGCGACCGGCGAGUCCGCCGCCGCGGCUACAGCGUCCGCGGCGUCACUGGUGCUCCAGGCCGCUCUAGCAGCGGCGGUCAUGAGCUUGCUGGUGUCCCGCUAG